AUGGUCUUGGAUCAUAGUUACACGGUUUCCAAUUUUAAGGUUCAGGCUAAUGUUGCGGCUUUCAGACCUUCGUCUCAUAAGUUUAUGUUGAAGUUUACUGCUGGCACUACGGUUACGGAUGAUAACAACGCUGAAAUACCUCCAAAGCCGUUGGUGUUUACUAAAUUUACAGAUAUAAUAAACGGCAACUUUAACAAGGAUGUGCUAAUAGAUGUCAUCGGUAUGGUGGAAAGUAUUGGGUAUUCACAGACCACAUCAGGUGCCCGGAAGCAGCAGAUUAACAUGAUGCUGCGUGACGGGGGUGAGAAUACUAUCAAUUGCACGCUUUGGGAAUCCUAUGCUGAACAAUUCAUGAAGUUCAAGCAGGAGCGCGGAGAUGAUUCUGGUCCUAUUUUUGUCAUGAUCCAAUAUGCGAAAGUCAAGGAACAGAGUAAGUUUCCACUGUCCGUGACAAACACGUUUAAUGUUACCGUCCUUGGUCUGAAUACUGAUUUGCUGCCGAUGAAAGAGUUUAUAGAAAGUUUUCCGAAGGAUUCCAUGAUUACGUUGUCUGGCCAGGAGGGUUCCAACUCACAGCUUUCAGCACAGAACUCUGAAAAUCAACAGAUGACUCCUGUACAGAAAUUGCUUUCAAAGGCUGUUGUAAUGCCUAUUGGGGAUAUUAUAAAACUUAGAACUAUUACAUUUUCUGCGACUGUUGGAGAAACUAAAAUGCUGGUUGCCUCUCCGUAUGGCUGCUCCGUUUGA